AAAACGGGCGCAAAGUUGCGGCGUGUUUAUUAAUAAAAUUCUAAAUUAAAUAUACGCAAAUCGUUAAUAAAUUAAACAAACUGCAUUAUAAUACAUUUUAGCAAUUGCGUCGUGUGUUGAAAACCUUUUUAAGCACAGUUUACCUUUCCUAUUUGUGUUUUGUUGUCUUACGAGUGGCGCGGCGCUUUGCGACUGGCGAAUGUUGUGCACAAAGCAAAAAGCAAGCUAAAAUUGCUGGCUAAUCUAAAAAAUAUACAAAAAUUUAAAUAAAUUAAAGUGUCGUGCAUCACAUAUUGUUUAUUAACAUAAAGUCCAGCUUAGUUAACUCAGACACAACUUCCUGUGGCGGUACUAAUUGCAUUUUGAAGAGGCCAACUCAGACGCCAGCUACUGCGGCAACUUUGUGUGGAAGCAUAUAUAAAUCGAUCGUUCAGAUUGGUCGCCGUAAUGUACGCGUACGUGUUGAGUCGAUGAUGUGAUUGUGAAGUGGCCGGUGGGCGGCGAAGUGCGGUUCUUUCGUUUUCGUUUUUUUAUUUUUAUAAUUUUUGUGUUUUUAUCGGGCAAUGACAUUGCAUCGUGGAGGUGGAAAAACUGACCACAUUGAUGAUGAUGAGCUUUGAGGUUCGAUUUUAAGUUAAAUGUUAUUUUUUUGUUCAAUCAAUUUUCUUACUAUCCUAACCAUAUUACCGCCUUUUAAAACUUGUCCGACUAUUUUUGUAAGUAAAACGCGUUAAAAGCUAAACAAUUAAAACACAUCAUAGUUUUUGAAUGAAAAAUAUUAAGCCACAUGCUAUGGAACAUGCCCGUGGAUAUGCAUAAGAACGUAUCCGUACAAGUUGACAGUGAUUUUGCCUUAUUACUACCAAGCGGCGUUUAUGAAAUUAAAAAAAUGGAACCACGCUCCAAAAUACGAACAAUUAUAGUGUUUUGCCUAUUUCUAGCCAUAGCUGGCAUUAUCGGAUUUGGCUACUUCUGUCAAGAUCAGGUGUGCGCAUUAUCGAAACGCGCUGUGAUAUUGCAAUCCUCGGAUAUGCUGGCGUACAACGAACUGCAGCCGGCGGCGGCGUCGCUUCAUCAGAGCAGCGGAAGCAGCGGCAGCAGCAACAACAACAACAUAGGAACCUCAAUUUCAGCCAAAUCGGCAGCACCACAGAAUAUCAUCGCAAAUGCCGGAUUAAGUUAUGAGGAUGUGCUCAAUGAUGACUUCCAGUUCGAUAUGGAUGGCCACGAUGUGAUGGUCUUUCUGCACAUCCAAAAAACAGGUGGCACCUCAUUCGGCAGGCAUUUGGUGCGAGACUUGGACUUGAAGCGUCCUUGCGAGUGCCAGCGUCAACGCAAACGCUGCUACUGCUUCCGUCCGCACCGGAACGAGAACUGGCUCUUCUCCCGGUACUCCACGGGCUGGAAGUGCGGUCUGCACGCCGACUGGACCGAGCUGACCAGCUGUGUGGACGUCGAGCUGGACAAGAACGAGGGGGAGACUGCGAAGCGACGAUAUUUUUAUAUAUCGCUGCUGCGCGAACCGAUCUCACGCUAUAUGUCCGAAUACCGACAUGUGCGUCGCGGCGCCACCUGGAAGGGAUCGCGUCAUUGGUGUCUGGGCCGACAGGCAACCGCAGCCGAGCUGCCGCCCUGCUAUAAGGGCAAGGACUGGCUGGAUGUGGAUCUCGAUGAGUUCGCCGGCUGCGAGUCAAAUCUGGCAGCCAAUCGACAGACCCGCAUGCUGGCCGAUCUGGCGCUCGUGGGCUGCUAUAACAAAUCCUCAAUGCCGACGCAUGAGCGCGAUCGUGUGAUGUUGGCCAGCGCCAAGCGAAAUCUGGCCGCCAUGGCAUAUUUUGGACUGACGGAAUAUCAAAAGAUGUCCCAAUAUAUAUUCGAGGAAACCUUCAACCUGCGCUUUGCCAUACCAUUUGAGCAGCACAAUACAACAAUUUCGGCAGCUGCUGUGCAAAAUCUGCGACCCGAUCAGCGACGUCGCAUUGAGAAGCUCAAUAGUUUGGAUGUUGAGCUCUACGCCUUUGCCAAGAAUUUGCUCUUUCAGCGUUUUGAACAUCUGAAGGCGAAGGAUGCCAAUUUUGAGCAGCGCUUCGCCAAUCUGGGCAACAUUUUCUAUAAGCAGGGCGUCACGGAAUUCAACUGGGACAGCAACAUUGAGGAUGCAUUAAGCACGGAUCAUUGAACUCGAAACCAAAUAUUAAAAUGUAGCAUUUAGAAUUAGAAUAGCAAUAGAGCUGAUGGAAUCAAUGCAUAACUAUACAUACAUACAUACAUACAAGUAAGAGGAGCUAAACGGAAUCCAGCAUUAACAGCCCCACACAUACACACACACACAGACUUUGAAUUAGUGUUUAAGCAUAAAGUUAAUUAACAUAAAAUAUUAAUAAUAAACUAAACUAAUUAAACGGAGGGAGGAGCAGCUGAAAGAUUAAAAGAGAGAAAAGUUUGGAACAAAUGAUGAUGAUGUAUAAAUUAAUUUUAAUGUAUUCAACUAUUUGUUUAACAAUUUUGGCUUCCGUUUUGUUGUCGAAAACGAAUGAAGAAUGAUCGAAAGAAUGUAAUCUCGUAGCGUGUAUUUAUUUAAACAAAUUGGAUUAAGAAGAGAAAUUAAAAUCGCACUUGAAACAUCACUGAGCCGCUGACAACAAUUGACAGAUAAUUUAGUGUAAAUACUACGAUCCACUACUAAGCUUAAAGUUAGUUACUAACUGCAUUGAGUUGUGAGGCGGGGCGGAAGCACAUAACGCUACUCGAAACUCUUCACAGCGCAUCAACUAUGUCAUAAUUAAGUUAAAUUAGCAUUAACAACAAUUGAAUUUCGUUUGUAUUUAUGUGUUCUUUGUUUUUAAUUAUGUAUGAAUCGUAUGCCAAAUCCAAAUCUAAAUCUAAAUUUAGUCCGUAUCUAAAUAUAAAUAAUUGUUAGCUGGCCAGAUACAGAUACACAUUAUCGAUCUAAACACAUGCAUUUAUUUUAUUUAAUUGUUUAGAGACCCGCCAACUAUGUAAAUAUCGUAUAUAAGCUUCAAAUCUACUGUAACUCUCCUUUUAUUUUAUACACACAUUUUAUACCGACUUACUAUAUUGUUUGCAAACAUUUAUAAACCUAUAAUACCGGCAUUACAUUUAAACAAAUGAAUGUUACGCGUUAGUAUUGUUAGCUGACCUAAUUGUUUAAGACAAUAAUUCAUAACAAAUUACAAAACAAAAAAGAAAAAAAAACCAACCACAAACCUUAACGAACAAAGAACAACCAUUUAAUGAGUGCAGUGCGUAAAUUAAAUUUAAAGGAAACAAAACAAACAACAAAACAAUUGACAAGGCCAACGAAAAACAUACAACAAAUUGCGUUAAAACGAGGCAAAAUAAUAAUAAAUUUAUGAAAAUAUUGAAUUAUACACAUUUCGAAUAAACCGCACACACUACAUCAAAUAAAUGGCAGCUCAGCAGUGCCAUUUGAACGCAAAUCAAAUAUAAAUGUAUAUUUAAACACAAACAAAGAAUAGCAAAUAAUUUCCAACAAACAAUUCUCAAUUAUUUUCCAACAUUAUUUUUACAUUUCACAUAUUUGUAAACAAACAGAACGAAUUGUGCAAUUUGUAGUGAACGGACACGCAUUUUCAAAAGCAU